AUGCCAUCCAUUCUCACCUCCGCCCUCCUUUCUCUCACCUCUCUCCAUCCAGACUCCAUCUUGUGUGACGUGGGCGAGUUUGAGUGCUUGGACAAAGCUCGCUGUGUCCCAGAGGAGUGGCUCUGUGACGGAGAGCCGGACUGUCCAGACUCGUCCGACGAAUCUCAACAAACAUGUGCCCAGGAGGUGGUGAUCCGAUGUCCCUUGAACCACAUACAAUGCACAGGGACCAAAAAGUGCAUUCAUUUCAACAAACUCUGCAACGGGGCGAAAGACUGUGACGAUGGUUACGACGAGGGUGUGCACUGUCGAGAGCUGCUGUCGGCGUGCCAUGAGCUCCGCUGCAGAUACGGCUGCAUCAUGACCAGGAACGGCACCUUCUGCUUCUGUGCCGACGGCUUCGAGGUCGGGGACGAUGGCACGAGCUGUCAAGAUCAUGAUGAAUGUGCGAUGUACGGCGCGUGUAGCCAGACCUGUUCUAACACCUACGGGUCAUACCGAUGCAGCUGCGCCGAAGGAUACGCGCUACAGCCUGACGGGAGAUCAUGCAGAGCCAAGCAAGACCCUGGAGACAGCAGACCGGUGCUCCUGCUCGGGGGCCCCAGUCGGAUCGUCCUGACCAGUCUGAACGGCACUGGCCUGCAGCCCCUCCGCUCUCUGGGUGCUAACGCCUCUGUGUGGUUGGACUUCCAGCAGAGCCAGGAAACGGUGUGCUGGCUCUUGUCCACCGAGAGCUCUGGGACCCUGCGCUGCGCUGAAACUAGAAACCUGCGCGGCUUCACUAGGGAGAGGGAGAUCAGGACGCAGAGGAGCUUACAGCAUGUGGAACAAAUGGCCAUCGACUGGUUGACAGGAAACUUUUACUUUGCCGACCGAGUGAAUGAUAAAAUAUUCGUGUGUGACCGGAGAGGAGAGACCUGUGUGACCAUAGUACAGCUGGACCUGCUUAAUCCGAAGGGGAUCGCAGUGGACCCUCUCAUGGGGAUGCUCUUCUUCACUGAUUAUGGGAACAUCGCCAAGCUGGAACGCUGUAACAUGGAUGGCUCAAACCGCACUCGCCUGGUGGACCACAGGAUGGAGCAGCCCACCGCCCUCACUCUGGACCUGCUCAAGAAGCUGGUGUACUGGGCUGAUGCCUACCUGGACUACAUCGAGGUGGUGGAUUACAACGGCAAGAACAGGCAGACCAUUAUCCACGGGAGUCAAGUCUCCCACAUUGUUGCAUUAUCCGUGUUUGAGGACUUCCUGUACGCCACCCACACUGACCCCUCCCAAACCGCUGCCAGUGUGGAGCUUCUGCAGAUCCAUCGCUUUAACAUCACAGCAUCUCCCCGCGUCCUCACCAGCCUGGGGAACAGUCCAGCUCUGCGCGUUUACCACAAGCUCACUCAGCCAAAAGUGAGGAGUCAUUCAUGUGAGGUGGAUUCUUAUGGGCGACCGGGUGGCUGCUCCCAUCUCUGCCUUCUCAGCGGGAGCUACAAGUCUCGGAGCUGUCGCUGUCGUACGGGCUACAUCCUGGGAUCAGACGGCCAGUCCUGUAAAAAACCCAAGUCGGAUUUGUUCCUGUUUUAUGGAAAGGGAAGACCGGGAGUUAUUCGAGGAUUGGACAUGAACGUGAAAUCUACGGAUGAACACAUGGUACCGAUUGAGGACCUAGUAAAUCCAAGAGCAAUAGACUACCAUGCUGAGCUCGGAUACAUCUACUUUGCGGAUACAACCAGUUUUCUCAUUGGGAGACAGAAGAUAGAUGGGAGUAAUAGGGAGACAAUAUUGAAAGAUGAGCUGGACAAUGUGGAGGGAAUCUCUGUGGACUGGAUUGGCAGAAAUCUGUAUUGGACCAAUGAUGGCUACAGGAAGACCAUCAGUGUUGCCAGGUUGGAAAAGGCUUCCCAGACCAGGAAGACUUUGCUGGAAGGCAACAUGUCUCAUCCCAGGGCCAUUGUGGUCGACCCACUAAACAGCUGGAUGUACUGGACAGACUGGGAGGAGGAUGAGGUGAAUGACAGUAUUGGGAGGAUAGAGAAAGCCUGGAUGGAUGGUUCAAACAGAAGAAUAUUUGUGACUUCAAAUAUGCUCUGGCCCAAUGGACUCACCCUGGACCAUGGGACCAGCACCAUGUACUGGUGUGAUGCCUACUACGACCACAUCGAGAAGAUCCACCUCAACGGCUCAGGAAGGAUGGUUGUAUACAAUGGCAAAGAGCUGAACCACCCUUUUGGAAUUUCUCACUAUCGGAAUUUCAUCUUUUGGACGGAGUACAUGAACGCCUCGGUGUUCCAGCUGGAUUUAAACAGUGGAGACGUGACUCUGCUCCGGAGCGAGAGACCACCUCUAUUCGGCCUGCGAGUUUACGACGCUCACAGCCAGCAAGGUGACAAUGCAUGCAGUGUGAAUUAUGGAGGCUGCAGUACCCUCUGCCUGGCCAUCCCUGGAGGCCGAGUGUGCGCAUGUGCUGACAACCAGGUCCUGGAGAAGAACAAUGUCACCUGCGCAGACGACUCCAGUGAUGUUUUGGAGGUGCACCGCUGUAAAAGUGAUGAGUUCCAGUGUCUGAAUCAGCGCUGUAUUCGAGCCCUGUGGAAGUGUGAUGGUGACGAUGACUGCCUGGAUGGGAGUGACGAGGAAAACCACAUUUGCUCCAACCACACCUGCCCCACAGAUCAGUUCAAAUGCAGCAACAACCGGUGCAUUCCCAAAAGAUGGCUGUGCGAUGGGAUGAACGAUUGUGCCAACGGUGAAGAUGAAGCCAAUAGUACAUGCUCAGCUCAGCCCUGUCAAGCCGACCAGUUCUCAUGCCAAAAUGGCCGAUGCAUACCCCGGGCCUGGAGCUGUGACCGCGAGGAUGACUGUGGAGAUACGUCAGACGAGCUAGCAUGUGCCUAUCCCACGUGUGAUCCUCUCACUCAGUUCAGCUGUUCUAAUGGACGCUGCAUCAAUAUCCAAUGGCACUGUGAUGCUGAGAAUGACUGUGGAGAUAACAGUGAUGAGGCCGGAUGUGUCCAGUCCUGCUCCAAUAACCAGUUCCAGUGCAACAGUGGGCGCUGCAUCCCGGACCACUGGGCCUGUGAUGGGGACAACGACUGUGGGGACUUCAGCGACGAGGGGGCCGCCUGCAGAGGGGGAUCUGCACUGCUGCCAUCUUUGAUCGAGUGCAGUGAGGAGGAGUUCUUCUGUGUUACUGAUGGGACGUGUAUCCCGGAGCGCUGGAGGUGUGACGGGGACAAGGACUGUGAGGACGGAGGGGACGAGAAGGACUGCGAGGGGACGAAGAGGAUGUGUGACCCCAAAGCCAAGUUCACCUGCAAAGACACAGGUAAAUGCAUCACAAAGAGCUGGGUGUGUGAUGGAGACAUAGAUUGUGAGGACCGCUCUGAUGAGGAGUCAUGUGAGUCGGCCGUGUGCAAACCACCCAAAUACCCCUGUGCCAACGACACCGCCAUCUGCCUCACCCCGGACAAGAUCUGCAACGGCAAAGUGGACUGCCCUGACCGCUCAGACGAGGGACCUAUAUGUGACCUGUGCCUGGUAGCUCGGGGAGGCUGCAGUCACCAGUGCACCGUGGCCCCUGGGAAAGGCGUGGUGUGUUCUUGUCCCCCUGGGCUUCACCUGGACUCCUCGAACAGGACGUGUGAGCUGGUGGACUACUGCAGCAGACACCUCAAGUGCAGUCAGGUGUGCCAGCAGUACAAGACCAGUGUCAAGUGCUCCUGCUACCCCGGCUGGACCCUGGACGCCGACGGAGACACCUGUCACAGCAACGACCCCUUUGAGGCGUUUAUCAUUUUCUCCAUCCGCCACGAGAUAAGAAGAAUAGACCUUCACAAGCGCGACUACAGCCUGCUGGUGCCUGGCCUUAGAAACACCAUAGCCCUGGACUUCCACUUUAACCGCAGCCUGCUUUACUGGACAGAUGUGGUGGAGGAUAAGAUCUACAGAGGACGCCUAUCCGAGUCUGGAGGUGUGACUGGGAUUGAGGUGGUGGUGCAGCACGGUUUGGCCACUCCUGAGGGCCUGGCAGUAGACUGGAUCACAGGGAAGCUCUACUGGAUUGACAGUAACUUAGACCAGAUCGAAGUGGCUCUGCUGAAUGGAGAGAUGCGUACCACCCUCAUUGCUGGAGGCAUGGAACACCCAAGGGCCAUCGCUCUAGACCCCGGACAAGGGAUCCUGUUUUGGACAGACUGGGAUGCCACAUUUCCCCGCAUCGAGGCAGCAUCGAUGAGCGGAGGGGGCAGGCACAUUGUUUUUAAAGACAUGGAAAUUGGAGCUUGGCCUAAUGGACUCACCCUGGACCAUCUGGAGAAGCGGAUCGUGUGGACAGACGCACGAUCUGAUGCCAUUUUCUCUGCACUCUACGAUGGCAGUGGGGUGAUAGAGAUCCUGAGAGGGCACGAGUACCUCUCUCACCCUUUCGCGGUGUCUCUUUUUGGGGGUAAUGUGUACUGGACCGACUGGAGGACCAACACUUUGGCCAGAGCCAACAAGUGGACAGGCCAAAAUGUCACUGUCAUCCAAAAGACCAGUGCUCAGCCUUUUGAUUUGCAGAUUUUUCACCCCAGCAGACAGCCACAAGCCUCUAACCCGUGCGGGGAGAAUGAUGGACGCGGACCCUGCUCACAUCUGUGUCUCAUCAGUUACAACCGCAGCGCGUCGUGCACCUGUCCACACCUUAUGAAGCUCUCGCCCAACAAACAGUCCUGCUUCGCACUGAAAAGGUUCCUCCUGUAUGUGCGGCGCUCAGAGAUUCGGGGAGUAGACAUUGAAAACCCGUACAUGAACGUAAUGACUGCACUAACUGUGCCGGACAUUGACGAUGUGGCUGUGGUCGAUUAUGACGCCCUAGAGGAGAGGAUUUACUGGGCGGACAUCAAAACCCAAACGAUCAAACGCGCUUUUAUUAACGGGACUCAGCUAGAGACCAUCAUUUCUGCAGACAUUGUGAACUGCCGCGGCCUGGCUUUAGACUGGCUUUCCAGGAACUUAUACUGGCUCAGCUCCGAAAAUGACGAGUCGCAAAUCAAUGUGGCUCGCUUUGAUGGCUCCCUGAAGACCUCCAUCAUCCACGGCAUUGAUAAGCCAAGGUGCCUGGUGGUGCACCCGGCCAAGGGGAAAAUCUAUUGGACAGAUGGCAACACAAUUAACAUGGCCAACAUGGAUGGGAGCAACAGCAAGGUCCUCCACCAGAACCAGAGGGAGCCAGUAGGUCUGUCCAUUGACUUUGCUGCCAACAAGCUGUACUGGAUCAGCUCGGCCAACGGCACUAUCAACAGGUGCAAUCUGGACGGAGGCGGCCUUGAAGUGCUCGAGUCCAUGAAGAGGGAGUUAGCUCGUGGCAGCGCUCUGGCCGUGAUGGGAGGAAAACUGUGGUGGGCCGACGAUGAAUCAGCUCAACUGGGAACGGUGACCAAGAGGGACGGACGAAACCCGGUGGUCCUCCGCAACAAGACCAGCGGAGUGGUGCACAUGAAAGUGUACGACCGCGAGGGACAGAAGGGAAGGAACCCAUGCCAGGUAAACAAUGGUGGAUGCUCACAGCUAUGCUUCCCCACUUCAGAGAACAGCCGAAGCUGCUCGUGCACUGUGGGGUACAACCUGCGCAGCGACCGCAUGUCUUGUGAAGGUGUGGAUUCCUUUUUGAUGUAUUCGAUCCAUGAGGGAAUCAGAGGGAUAGCUCUGGACCCGGACGACCACAGCGAGGCCCUCAUGCCCAUCACAGGGACUUUGUUUGCUGUGGGAGUGGACUUUCAUGCAGGGAAUGACACCGUUUACUGGACAGACAUGGGCUUGAACCGAAUCUCCCGAUCCAAACGAGAUCAAACCUGGAGAGAAGACAUUAUCACCACAGGCAUCAGCAGAGUAGAGGGCAUCGCAGUGGACUGGAUAGCUGGGAACCUUUACUGGACCGACCAUGGCUUUAACCUGAUUGAGAUUUCUCGUUUGAAUGGAGCCUAUCGUUCAGUGGUGAUUUCAGAAGGGCUAGACCAGCCUCGAGCCAUUGCUGUACAUCCACAGAAGGGGUACCUCUUCUGGACUGAAUGGGGCCAGAACCCUUGCAUCGGCCGCUCACGACUGGACGGCUCAGAUCAGGUGACCUUAGUGAACUCCGGGAUCACAUGGCCUAAUGGGAUCUCCAUAGACUACGAGGAAAAUACAUUAUACUGGUGUGAUGCACGCACUGAUAAGAUAGAGAGGAUCAACCUUGAAACGGGGGAGAGUCGUGAGAUUGUCUUGUCAGCGGCUAACGUAGACCUGUUCUCCGUGGCGGUCUUUGGGCCCUACAUCUACUGGUCUGACAGGGCACACUCUAAUGGCUCCAUCAGACGUGGGCUGAAGUCUGACACCAGUGACGUUGUGACAGUGAGGAGCGGGCUGGGGGUCAAUCUGAAGGACGUCACCAUUUUCAACAGAGGCAGGGAGAAAGGCACUAACCCGUGUGCCCGGAGUAACGGAGGAUGCCAGCAGCUGUGUUUCCACCUGGGCAGCGGGCGUCGGACCUGCUCCUGCGCCCAUGGUCGCCUGGCAGAGGACGGAUUUGCGUGCGAGCGUUAUGAAGGCUACCUGCUCUACUCAGAGAGGACCAUACUGAAGAGUAUUCACCUGUCAGACGAGAACGACCUGAACUCACCUGUGCAGCCAUUUGAAAACCCCGCUCUGCUCAAAAACGUCAUCGCUCUGGCCUUCGACUACAGCCAGGAAAUGUCCGGGACUAACCGCAUCUUCUUCAGUGACUUGCACUAUGGGAAUAUACAGAUGAUCAACGACGACUGGACUGAGCGCACUGUGGUGGUGGACAAUGCGGGCUCUGUGGAGGGCCUGGCGUACCACCGCGGCUGGGACACUCUGUACUGGACCAGCUCCACCUCCUCCUCCAUCAGCAGACACACAGUGGACCAAACCAGAGUGAGCGGCUUCUACAGAGAGGCUGUGGUACUGCUGUCUGAGGAGGACCACCCGCACACACUCGCCCUGCACGAAUGCCACAGCCUGAUGUUUUGGACCAACUGGAAUGAGCAGCGUCCCAGUAUCAUGAGGUCCACUCUGUCGGGUAAAAACAUGCAGGUCAUCGUCAGCGCAGACAUCCUCACUCCCAACGGCCUCGCCAUCGACCACCGAGCGGAGAAGAUCUACUUUUCAGACGGGACCCUGGGCAAGAUUGAGAGAUGUGAUUUUGAUGGCUCCAACAGAUAUGUAAUAAUCAAAUCUGGGUCUGGAAACUUCUAUGGACUGGCCAUCUAUGCCGAUUUCAUCUACUGGUCGGACUGGGGUCGCAGAGCAGUACUGCGCGCCAACAAGUACACAGGAGCCGAUACUAAAGUACUACGGGCAGAUAUACCUCAUCAGCCAAUGGGAAUCAUCGCUGUUGCCAGGGACACCAACAACUGUGAGCUGUCUCCGUGCCGACACAUGAACGGAGGGUGCGGCGACCUUUGCCUUUUGACCCCACAGGGCAGGGUCAACUGUUCCUGCCGAGGGGAACGCGUCCUGCUAGAUGACAACAGAUGCGUGUCUGAAAACUCGUCCUGUAACAUUCACACCGAGUUUGAAUGUGGCAAUGGAGAGUGCAUCAACUACCAGCUCACCUGUGAUGGAGUGGCGCACUGCAAGGAUAAAUCAGACGAGAAGAUGCAGUACUGUGAAAACCGCAGCUGUCGCCGGGGCUUCCGAGCGUGCUACAACCAGCACUGUGUGUCCAACAGUCUCUUCUGUGACGGGGUGGACCACUGUGGGGACAACUCUGACGAAGCCUUCUGCUCCAAUGUGACAUGCAGCUCAUCAGAAACAUCCUGCAAAGACGGGAGCUGUGUGCCGAGCUCCUCAUGGUGUAACCAGGUCAUAGACUGUGCCGACGCCUCUGAUGAGAAGAACUGCAACCACACCGACUGCUCCCACUUUUACAAGCUGGGGGUGAAAGAGAGAGAGUUUGUGAGCUGUAACUCCACCUCUUUGUGCAUCCACCCCUCCUGGAUCUGUGAUGGAGCCAACGACUGUGGAGACUACGCCGAUGAGACCAACUGUCAGGUCUCUCAUGGGCAGAAGUGUGAGGAGGGACACUUCGCUUGUCCAAGUGGGAACUGCAUCUCCAGCGUUUGGUUGUGUGAUGGCCAAAAGGACUGUGAGGAUGGAGCUGACGAGUUUCAGUGCGACUCCUCUUGCCUCUGGAACCAGUUUGCCUGCUCCAAAAACAAAUGCAUCGCAAAACAGUGGCUAUGUGAUGGAGAGAAUGACUGUGAGGAUGGGCUGGACGAGAGCAUGCAGAUCUGUGGAUCAGUGACUUGUGCGCCCGGCCUGUUCAGCUGUCCUGGGUCGUACGCCUGUGUGCCCAAACGCUGGCUCUGUGACGGGGAGAGGGACUGUCCUGAUGGUAGUGACGAGCUCUCUGCUGCUGGAUGUGCACCCAAUAACACAUGUGAUGACGCCUCGUUUCGCUGCCACAACAAAGCCUGCAUCCCUCAGAGAUUUGUGUGUGACCACGAUGACGACUGUGGAGAUGGGUCUGACGAGUCCGUAGAAUGUGAAUAUCGCUCGUGCCGAUCAGAGGAGUUUCGCUGUGGGGAUGGGCGCUGCCUGCUCAGUGCUCAGUGGGAGUGUGACGGUUACGCCGACUGCCCCGACCACUCUGACGAACUGCCUCUCAACCUCAAAUGUCUGGCCGCAGGGAGCUUGUGCAAUGGCUCUUUCUUUAUGUGCUCAAACGGCCGCUGUAUAUCGGAGGGCAGCCUGUGCGAUGGGCGAGACGACUGUGGGGACGGCUCUGACGAGAGGAACUGUAAUGUCAAUGAGUGCCUCAACCGCCGAGUGAGCGGGUGCACCCAGGACUGUCAGGACCUGCCCGUGGGAUACAAGUGCAAAUGCUGGCCAGGCUUCCACUUGAAAGACGAUGGUAAAACCUGUGUAGAUAUUGAUGAAUGCUCCACCACUUUGCCUUGUAGCCAGCGCUGCAUCAACACCUACGGCUCCUUCAAGUGUCUGUGCGUGGACGGCUACGAGGCCCUGGAGCGCAACCCCAAUAUCUGCAAGGCUGUGUCAGCUGAGGAGCCUUUUCUCAUUAUGGCUGACCAUCAUGAGAUCCGCAAACUGAGUGUGGAUGGCUCCAACUACACCAUCUUGAAGCAGGGUCUCAAUAACAUCAUCCACAUUGACUUUGACUACAAGAAGGAGUUUAUCUACUGGGUUGACUCGACCAGGCCGAGCGGGCGCAAAAUCAACAGGAUGCGCCUCAAUGGGAGCGACCUCAAGAUUGUACACAGGACCUCGGUUCCCAGUGCGUUGGCUGUGGACUGGAUUGGGAAAAAUCUUUACUGGUGUGAUGCUGAGAGGAAAACUCUGGAGGUGUCCAAAGCUAAUGGUCUCUACCCCACAGUGCUCAUCAGCUCUGGGCUCAAAAACCCCACAGACCUCUCCCUGGACCCUCAGACUGGCUUUGUCUUCUGGGUGGACUGCUGCGAGCCUGCUUACAUUGGGCGCAUUGGCAUGGAUGGAAGGGGCCAGACGGUUAUCAUUGACUCAGAGCUGCUGAGCCCCACUGCCCUCACCAUUGAUUACACCAACAAGAGGCUGUACUGGGCCGAUGACAACCACAUCCUCUUCUCCAACAUGGACGGAUCCCAAAGACACAAAGUGUCUUACGAUCACAUCCAGGGGGUCAUGGCUCUGACCCUGUUUGAGGACUUUGUUUACUGGACCGAUGGCAAGUCCAAAUCUCUGCGCCGUGCUCACAAGACCACUGGUGCUCAGGGAAUGGAGCUCCUCAACUCCUGGCAGGCCAUCAAAUCCAUCAAGGUCUACCACUCCCUGCGCCAGCCCGAAGUUCCCAAACACCAAUGUCAGAUCGCAAAUGGAGGAUGCAGCCACCUGUGUCUGCUGUCCCCCGGUGGAGAACACAAAUGUGCCUGUCCAACUAAUUUUUACUUGGCCGCUGACAAUAAAACCUGCCUCUCCAACUGCACUUCCAGCCAGUUUCGCUGUGGGACUGACGAAUGCAUCCCGUUCUGGUGGAAAUGUGACACGGUGGACGACUGUGGGGACGGAUCAGACGAGCCCGCUGACUGCCCUGAAUUCAAAUGUCAGCCGGGCCGUUUCCAGUGCGGCACAGGGCUCUGUGCUUUGCCUCCUUUUAUCUGUGAUGGAGAGAACGACUGUGGUGACAACUCAGACGAAGCUAACUGUGAGACUUACAUCUGCCUGUCGGGUCAGUUCAAGUGCACCAGAAAACAGAAAUGUAUCCCACUUAACCUGCGCUGUAACGGCCAGGACGACUGCGGAGACGGAGAAGACGAGACCGACUGCCCUGAGAGCACCUGUUCUCCAGACCAGUUCCAGUGUAAGGCAUCCAUGCACUGUAUCUCCAAACUGUGGGUCUGUGACGAAGACCCAGACUGCGCUGACGGCUCCGACGAGGCUAACUGUGAUGAAAAGACGUGCGGACCUCAUGAGUUUCGCUGUGAGAAUAACAACUGCAUCCCGGACCACUGGAGGUGUGACAGCCAGAAUGACUGCGGAGACAACUCAGACGAACAGAACUGCAAGCCAGUCACCUGUAACCACAAGGACUUCGCCUGUGCCAACGGAGACUGCAUCUCCUCCAGGUUUCGGUGUGAUGGGGACUACGACUGCCUAGACAACUCAGAUGAGAAAGGCUGUGAGGCGCACUGUGCAGAAGACCAGUUCCAAUGCCACAACAACCUUUGCAUCUCUCUAAAGUGGGUGUGCGACGGACAGGAAGACUGCAAGAUGGGCGAAGAUGAGAAAAACUGCCAAGGAACAGCAGCCCCCUCGUGCUCUGUAAACGAGUAUGUGUGUGCGAGUGGGGGGUGCGUGUCAGCCAGCCUCAGAUGUGACGGACACGACAACUGUCUGGAUGGAUCCGAUGAGAUUGGCUGUGUGAAGGAGUGCAGAGAAGAUGAGUUUCUGUGUCUGAAUCGUGCUCACUGUAUCCCACGGCGAUGGCGCUGUGAUGAUGUUUUCGACUGCAUGGAUCACAGCGACGAGGAGAACUGCAGUCAAGGUGCGUUCUUCUGCCGUGCCGAUGAGUUCAUCUGUAACAAUACUCUGUGUAAACUGCACACGUGGGUGUGUGAUGGCAAAGACCACUGUGGAGACAACUCUGAUGAGGACCCAGACAUGUGUGCUAAACUCCCCUGCCCUCCCACACGGCCGUUUCGCUGCAGAAACGAUCAGGUCUGUCUGCGCUCAGAUCAAGUUUGCAACAAAGUGGAUGACUGUGGAGACAGCUCUGACGAAGAGGAGUGUGAAGUUGUUGCCGGUCGUCCCCGUCCUUGUGGCAAAACCGAAUUCACCUGCAGCAACCGCCGCUGUAUCCCGAUCCAGCUCCAGUGUGACCUCUUCAACGACUGUGGAGACGGAGGGUCAGACGAGCAGGACUGCAAAGCCUAUUCCAGUGGAGAUGUUUGUGGGAAGAAAACUAAUCCAUGUGGAGAAGAUGCCAUAUGCAACCAGACCAAUGCUAAUGCUAUCUGCCAGUGUAAACCAGGCUUCAAGAGGAAUCAGAAGACAGGACAGUGCGAAGAAACAAAUGAAUGCCUUCAGUUUGAUGCAUGUCCACAUUACUGCACAAACACAAAAGGAGCCUUUAAAUGCACGUGUGACAGAAAUUACAAAGACAUCAAUGGAAACUGCCUUGCAAAAGGGCCAGAGGAGCGCGUCCUCUACAUCUCUAAUGACACAGAGAUCAGGAGUUUUGUUUACCCCUUUAACCAAAGCCAAGGACACAAGCUGCUCACCCGCAUCGAGGAGAAUGCUCGCAUUAUCGGCAUGGACGUUUUAUUUCACCAACAAAAGUUUAUCUGGGCCACGCAGUUCAACCCCGGUGGGAUUUUCUAUAAAGAAUCUCAGGACAGGAGCCAGGCAAAGAGCAAUGUCAGAAAUAUUUGUUCAGACUUCCGUCGACCUAGAGACAUCUCAGCAGACUGGGUCACAGGGAAUAUUUAUUGGACGGAUCACUCGAGGAUGCACUGGUUCAGCUAUUACACAGCCCACUGGACUAAGCUACGCUACUCUAUAAAUGUGGGCCAACUAAAGGGGCCCAACUGCACACGCUUGAUCACUGACAUCGCAGGAGAGCCCUACGCUAUCGCGGUUAACCCAGCCAGAGGGAUGAUGUACUGGAGUGUAAUUGGCGAUCACUCUCACAUCGAGGAGUCGGCCAUGGACGGAUCUCUGCGCAGGGUUCUGCUGGAGAAGAACCUCCGAAGGCCAACAGGGCUGGCCAUUGAUUUCUUCAAUCAGAGGCUGUACUGGGCUGAUCCCGAGCUGUCUCAUAUCGGGAGCAUGAGGUUUGACGGAUCCGAUCCUCUAGUCACAAUCAGUGAUAGACACGGCAUCUCCCAGCCGUACAGAAUAGACCUAUUUGAGGACUACAUCUAUGGGACUGGACUGAAACAUGAGGUUUUCAAAAUCCACAAAUUUGGCAAACAGUCGGUUGAGUUUCUCAGUUUGGGUGUUGAGAAACCCACAAAUGUUUUGAUCUCCCAUCGAUUCAAGCAACAAGACGCAUCAAAUCCUUGUCUGAGGAUGUCCUGUGAUUUCAUGUGUCUGCUCAACCCGACCGGGGCCAGAUGCACCUGCCCAGAGGGAAAGGUGCUGGUCAAUGGAACCUGUGCGGACAUCAACAUCUCAGGUGAACUGUGCCGUCCCCCCUGUGAGAACGGAGGGCGCUGUCUGGCCAAUGAGAAGGGAGACUGGAGGUGCUACUGCUGGCCAGACUUUUCAGGGGAGCGCUGUGAGGUCAACCACUGCACCGACUACUGCCUCAACGGGGGCACCUGCACGGGCUCACUACUGGGUAAACCCACAUGCCGCUGCCCCAUUGGCUUCUCCGGUCCUUUCUGUGAGCGAAGAAUCUGUGACAACUACUGCCUGAACGGAGGUACCUGUGACGUAACCCAGGGCAACCAGCCAGUGUGCCGCUGUAUGGCCGAGUACACCGGGGAGCGCUGUCUUUACCACAUUUGCCACCACUACUGCGUGAACUCCAAGGCGUGCACGUUGUCCAGCAGUGGGUAUGUGGAGUGUGUGUGCCCUGCCCGCUUUGAGGGGACCAAGUGUGAGGUGGACAAGUGCCUGCGCUGUCACGGAGCUCCAUGUCUCAUUAACGAAGACACCGGCGAUGUGGUCUGCAAUUGCACAAAUGGCAGAAUCGCGCCCAGCUGUCAACUCUGUGACGGAUAUUGCUACAAUGGCGGCACCUGUCACCUGGACCCCGACACCAACCUGCCUUUCUGUCACUGCACAUCAGGGUUCAAGAAUCAGCGUUGCGACGAGCUGGCCAACCCCUGCGAUUACUUCUGUCAAAACGAAGGAAUUUGCACAUUAACCGCUCUUAACAAACCUCGCUGCAAAUGCUCCGCCAAUUGGGCCGGGACCCAGUGUGAGAGGCCUGCCCCCAAAAGCAGUAAAUCAGACAAUACCAGUGGAGGGAGCAUAGCUAUCAUCGUGCCUCUGGUUCUGCUGGUCAUCCUGAUUGUGAUGGUGGUCGCUGGUGUCUACGUGUGCAAGCGAAGGCAAAGGGGAAAACGCGUCCAGAGGCAGCCCAUGACCAACGGAGGCAUCAACGUGGAGAUCGGAAACCCCUCGUACAACAUGUAUGAGGUGGACCAUGACAACCACGCAGACGCCGGGAGCCUGCUACGGCCCAACUUCACACUGGACCCUCAUAAGGGCUGGUGUGUAAAGUCCAGUGACCCGCGAGCCUUGGGCAUGAACAAUGUGCCCAAGGAGGUAAUCCCUGGACAGCCCAUGAACUACUCCAAUCCAGUGUAUGCAAAGAUUUACCUGGACGGGCAAAACUGUCGAAAGCCGGUCAUCAGUAUUGACGAGAGGAGAGAGCUACUCCCAAAGAAACUCGAGGGGACAAUUCAUGAAACCGCCGCAUAG